AUGGAUAACAGAGACGACGCCGGUGAAACUCAAUCAAAGUACAAAGGAAUCCGUCGCCGGAAAUGGGGAAAAUGGGUAUCGGAGAUACGAGUUCCGGGAACUCGCGAGCGUCUCUGGUUAGGCUCAUUCUCCACCGCAGAAGGCGCCGCCGUAGCACACGACGUGGCAUUCUUCUGUUUACACCAACCCAAUUCACUCGAGACUCUCAAUUUCCCGCAAUUGCUUCCUCCUUCGAUCGCUUCCAAAACUUCUCCGAGAUCUAUCCAGCAAGCUGCUUCCAAUGCCGGAAUGGCCGUUGACGCCGGCUUAAUCGUCCACCGUAACGGCGGCGGUGAUCUCAUGUCCGGGAACUCUGUGUACGGUGGUACGACGGCGUAUUGUGAGAAUGGAGGUGAAGUACUGGAGCCGUUGAACAUAUCAGUGUAUGAUUAUCUGGACGGUCACGAUCACGUUUGA